GGAGCGCUGCCGCCAGCAGCGGGAGAGACCCGGGCUCCGCCAUGGUCGCUCCACUCCGCCCUGCACCGCCCUCGGACCCGCUCCGCCCCCGAUUCCGGUCCCGGUGCCGCUCCGCUGGUGGCCGAACUGGAACUCGUUGGGCUGAAGGGCUCUGGGGGCUGGGAGCUCCGGAGUCCGGCGCCUCGCUGCAACGGUUCGGAUGGACGGACGGCGGGGGCUGGACGGGCCGGGGACUGCCGUAGCAGGACCAGCUCCUCCACCUCACAGGGAGUUUGCACCCGCGCUGCCUUCCCCCCACCCCCCCUUCUCCCACCCCCUUGGCUUUGGCUUUCAGGAAGUUGACCUGAGUUUCUGCCCGGGGUGGGUCACAUCCUGCAGCACUACCCCGGAGCUGUGCACAGGGCUGCUCCCAUGAGUGCCCCUCCCUCAUUCCACUGCCAAGCUGGAGCACCCAUGGGUGCUGAUGUUCCCCUGACCACAGGUGGGGUGUUGCGACUGCGGGAGGGCAGAGGGCCCUGCACUGAUACCUCGCCACACCUCACCUCCUUCUGCCAGGUUCUGGAGACGAUUCUGCGAAAAGGGCUGCGACAGCCAACCUGGGGGUUCAGGAGAAGGGAUUACUGGCACUGGCUGGAGCAGCUCCCCGUGGGGGAUGGCAGCAGGCCCACCCCACUCUCCACGAGCAUCCAGCAGGCGGGCAGCUGCCGGGAGGUGCUGACAGCCCAGGGCCGUGGGCGGCACUUUCUGCGCCUGGCUCUGCAGGAGAAGUUGCUGGAAGAAGCCGUGCGGCAGCUGGCGCGGACCCCCCGGCUCCUGGAGUUUUAUGAUCCAGUGAGCUCCAUCCUCGGCAAUGAAACCCUCCUGGAACCUUUCCUCUCACUGCUUCUGGUGGUGACAGAGAUGGAUUUCUCUCUAGACUUGCAGAACUGCAGCUUCUUGGAUGAAAGCUGGCUGCUGCCGGUAAGAGCUCCUCUCUCCCCAGAACUGACCUUCUGCCACCUGGCCCUCUCCAGAAAGUCAAAUGAGGAAGAUGAGAAAAGCAUUGGAGGGGAGUGUUGCCAUGCAGCAGGGAAUGCACUGGCUCAGGCCCACCAGCACCAGCAGGGCUGCCUCUGACACCCAGGUUCUGACCUUGGGUGCCUGUGCUGCCACCAGGAGCAGAUCCCAGCAUUGCUGGGUGUAAAACCAAACUAGAAUACUACCUGGGCCUAAAUAAGUGACAUAAAUGAAGUUUUUCCAUGCUCCCUUCCCUGAUUUCUUGCCAAAAAAUCCCCAUUUCCCUGGGCUGACAGAGAUUACUUGUCAGUGGGUUUCACUCUUGGUUUUGCUCAGUGAAAUAUUGCUACAUUUAUUGAGAACAGCAGGGGAUGCUUCUAUGUCUUUUAAAAAUGAUGAGCAUCCCUCUGCUGCCUUUUUCACCCAAAAGAAUUUAAAAGAAGU